GUUUAUGUUUACACUUUCAGCAACAAGCAACAGGUCCAACCACAUUAACCUCUACCUCUAUACUUAAAUUAAACUCAUUUUCACGUCUUACAUUUUUUUCACAUUCCUAAAGAAUUAAUAUAAUCAAUUAACUAUGGAGUAUAAUGAGGAACUUGAUAAGCGCGUCAACUUGGUCUUGGUGAUCCAUAACUACAAGACGACCGUAAACAAAAAAAAAGCCAUGGAAAACAGUAAUUAUUUCAAUUCAUUGUUGUCUGGUAAUUUUCCUGAUCACAAUCUAGAGGAACACUCCAUAAAAUAUGAGAUUUCCGUCGAAACAUUCCAGAAUUUUAUCGACUGGAUUGAUAGCACUAGUUCGGAAAAUAAAAACACCGAAUAUAUUUAUCCAGACAGUGAAGAAAGUUUAAAAAAAAUAUCCAACAAUUACGAUAAUUUACUAGAACUAUUAGAUACCAGUGUUUUAUUUAUAAGCGAUAAAUUAUCACGACAAUUAACUCAGAUUAUUAUUAAAAAUUGGCUGCUUCCAGAGAAACUAUUCCAGUUAUGGAAGUUUGCUAAAGAACGUAGUCUACUUAUUCUAAGAGACGUCGUCUUCGAAACUUAUCUUGAUAGAUUUGAUGACGUUCCCGAGCAAGAACUGAAACAACUACCUCUAGAAAAUCUCAAAGAAUUGAUCACUAAUUGUAAUUUCACUAGUCGUAGCAAGUUGCUGGGUUUCGUGACCUCCAAAUCGUCACCAAAAUCUUCAACUGAUUCCAUAGACCAGGGAUUUCUGGACAAAAUUUCAGGUUUAGAUUUUGAUGACAAGAACAAUAAACCAGAGUAUGCACAGUGCGUGGUCUCGUAUAAAUUAAACGAUGAGAAUAAAAAAGUCUACUGUGUUCACUGGUGGAAAGAUCGUAAAUUCACAGAAAUUGAUGGCUUCAAUGCAAUAUUUGAUCUAUUGGACGCUGGAUACCAAGUUGUUGGCCGUAGAAUUAUUGGGAGAAGAUUCAGUAUUUAUGUGAUUGGCGGCGAAAAGGGAAUCGGUACCGGUCGGUUCAUAAAAUCUAUUUGGCGUUUCUGUUUAAUUUCCCGCACUUGGUAUCACGUAGCUGAAUUGCCUACGGCUCGAAGGCACAUGAUCGCAGAGAUUUUAGAUCACGAUAUUUACUUAUUAGGCGGAGUUGGCAGUUUUAGAGUGAAACUUUCAUCAGCUGAGGCUUUCAAUCUCUAUACGAACAAAUGGACUACAUUGUCGGAUAUUCCCGAAGAAUUCACGGAUACACCGCCGUCAUGUGUUAUAAAUAAGGCGAUUGUUUAUUCAUCAGAAAAGCACUGGGUGUAUUAUCCUGAAUAUAAUGAAUGGUAUCCAAUUGAAGAUCCUUUAGAACAAUUCCGACCUUAUACAGAAUAUUACGCACUUGUUCCUCAGCCUUCUACUGAAGAUCAGUUUAUUUUUAAUGCAAUGAAGGUUUCAAACUCCGGUGAUAAUGAAGGCAAUUCAGUUGUAGAUAUUUUUGAGAAGGUCGCGCCAACAAAUAGUUGUUCAAAAAAAUUUCUCAUAACCGAAUCUCGCAGGUCGUUUAAUAAAAGAUUUUAUCGACACAUCUACAGUGGACGGGAGCUAGUGAGCUUCUCUUGCGAAGAAAAUAAAAUUAUCGUGGAAACAGAGAGUUUCUGGAAUGGAGUGCUCAGGGAAAAUGACAUCUGUUUUACUCAAACGGUGGAUAAUAUUAACCCGUCAUUGUUUGAUAACAAUCUCGGCUGUUUCAAUGUAAUUGAUCCUGAUACUUUGUACAAAAAAAUAAUUUAUUAAAUGUGAGAAUAAAUAUUUUGCUAUUAAUC